CCCUGCAUAACGCCCCAUGGACGCUCCUUCUUGGGCAGUAUGCGGCAUUGCUUGCCUUGCCGUUGCCUCCUUCCUCCUCCUCUCCAGUCACCUCCGCCGCCGCAAACUUAAGCUACCGCCUGGCCCAAAACCUUGGCCUAUCAUCGGAAACCUCAAUCUCAUUAGCCCACUCCUGCACCGCUCGCUCCACGAGCUCUCUCGCAUAUAUGGGCCCAUCAUGAAGCUCCAGCUCGGCUCCGGCAGUGUGGUUGUGUGCUCUUCUGCCGACAUGGCCAAAGCCAUUCUCAAGACUCACGACGCCGUUUUCGCCUACCGGCCCAAAAGCGCCGCGGGCAAGUAUACGGCUUAUAAUUACUCCGGCAUGACGUGGUCGCCCUAUGGGCCCUAUUUUCAAGAGAUCCGUAAAAUCUUCCUAGCACAACUAUUUAGUGCCGCAAGGCUUCAAUCGUCUGAGUACAUAAGAGUGGAGGAGAUGAGGGUGCUUACGAGAAAUUUGUUUGACGCGAAGGGCCAGUCAAUAAAUUUGAAAGACCAUCUUUCCGAUCUUAAUCUCAACAUGAUCUGUCGCAUGGUCUUAGGGAAGAAGUACUCAGACAAGUCUGAGAACUCCAAUAUUGUGUCGGCUGAGGGGUUCAGGAAGAUGGUUGAUGAGUUGUUCUUGCUCAUUGGGGUUUUGAAUUUGGGCGAUUUCCUACCUUUGUUGGAUUUUCUCGACUUGCAGGGUUACAUAAAGAGGAUGAAGGCCGUGAACAAAAAGUUUGAUAGAUUCUUGGAGCAUGUUUUGGGUGAACAUGAGGCUAGGAAAGUCGAGGGUUAUGAGGCCAAGGAUAUGGUGGAUGUCUUAUUGCAGCAUGUGAACGAUCCUAAUCUUGGGGUGAAGAUUGAAAGACACGUGGUCAAGGCCUUGAUCCAGGAGUUGAUAGCCGGUGGAACAGAGGGCUCGGCUGCGUCUGUGGAGUGGGCAAUGUGCGAACUCCUAAAGAACCCUCAUAUAUUUAACAAGGCAACACAAGAGCUCGACAACAUAAUCGGAAGGGAGAGAUGGGUCCAAGAAGCGGGUGUCAUGAACCUGCCUUAUUUAAAUGCUGUUAUUAAAGAGAUUAUGAGAUUGCAUCCGGUGGGGGCAUUUAUCGCGCAUCACUUUGCAAGCCAGGAUUGCGAGGUCGCUGGCUACGACAUACCCAAGGGCACGAGAGUUCUGGUGAGUAAAUGGAGCAUUGGGAGAGACCCCGAGCUGUGGGACGACCCUGAAAAUUUUAGGCCUGAGAGGUUCAUUGGAAAGGCGAUCGACGUAAAGGGACAAGACUUCGAGCUCUUGCCAUUUGGGUCCGGCCGGAGAAUGUGCCCGGGUUAUAACCUUGGUCUGAGAAUGAUUCAGACAACUUUGGCCAAUCUUAUUCAUGGGUUUUCAUGGAAAUUGCCUGAGAACAUGACAAGGGAGGAGCUGAACAUGGAAGAGGUUCCUGGGCUGUCCACGCCCAAGAAGAUCCCAUUUAUCGCUGUUGCUGAGCCAAGGCUGCCACUUCAUCUUUACUGA